CAUUAUAAACUGAAAUGCUUUCUUUCUCAAGUAGUUUGUUUCUAUAUUAGCAGUCUGAUUUAUUGGUAGGAAAAUCACUUUCAGCUCGACUGCUUGAUAGACAUAUCUCAAACAUAAAAAUAAUGCAAAUAUCAUUAAAUUCUUCUCCAACCAGAGUAAGUUACAUCUUCAAGUUUUGCAGAAGAGGGGAUGUACCAGAAAGGCAGCAGCGGCUCCAGCUGGAUGUCGCUCAAAGAAGGUCAAACUUCAAUCGCUAGUGUUGCUGAAUCCUUGCUGGCAUCAAUUUCAGAGAUAAUAGAAUCUCUAGCAGGGAUAGUAGUAGAGCAGGAAACUUUUGCUGAGAUUGGAUGCUACUUUUACCGAGCUUCUUCUUCCAUAAUGGAGUUGCAUACGACUGAGAAUACCCCAGAAAAUGCAAUGGACAUCUUACACUCCCUAUCCAGUGCCAUUAAUGUGGCCAAGGAUAUAAUAAACAAAUGCCAAAGAAGCAACAGCUCAAAGUCUGAUUCUGAACUAAAAAGCACAGUACAACAACUGGAGGAGUUGAUAAAACACAUGGGGGAAUGCUUGACCUUGAUACCUUCAUCAACAUUUCAGAACCACAAAUAUGCAGAAGUUUCACUCCGUUCUCUUUCAAAGGAAAUGCAGCAUGCACACUUUGAAGUCAGCCAAAAUCAAGAGUUGCAGACCAAAGAGCUGGAACCUCAGAAGUCUUUCUCUGAAGAGGAACAUGAUGAUCAUGAAGAACCAGUACAAACAGAAUCAGAUGUGUACUCCAUCAAUGUUGAAGUUUCCAUAGAUAAUUCUCAGGUCUUGAAUAUGCCACACUUGAUUGAAUUUCUGAAGAACAAAACCCUUAGCAGCCAAAGUAAACUUAAUAACAGAAGCUGGUCCUCAUCAACAUUGCCACAAACAGUUGAGUACAUAGAACCUCUGUACAAGACUUUCUACUGUCCAUUAACAAAGCAGAUCAUGGAUGAUCCAGUGACCAUAGAAAGUGGAGUGACCUAUGAAAGAAAUGCGAUUGUAGAGUGGUUUGAAGAGUUUGAAAACUCAGAGGAAAUUUUCUGUCCAACCACAGGGCAGAAGCUGUUGAGUAUAUUUUUAAGACCCAAUAUAGCUCUUAAGACCACGAUAGAGGAGUGGAAAGCAAGAAAUGAGGAAGCAAAGAUCAAGGUUGCCUGUGCGGCUUUGUCUCUAGGUAGUUCAGCAAGUAUGGUAUUUGAAGCAAUAAGAGAUUUGCAAGGCAUCUGUGCAAGGAAGCAGUACAAUAAGGUUCAAGUCCGUAAUGCAGGAAUACUGCCAUUGCUCGUUAAGUUUCUGGAGUACAAAGACAGAGAUGUUAGAUGUGCAGUGCUGGAAUUAUUACGAGAAUUGGCAGAAGAUGAUGAUGAUGAUUAUGGAAAGGAAAUGAUUGCUCAAAUGGCUGAUAUUUCAACAGUAAUCAAGAUGUUGUCAAGUGGCCACCAGCCCAUUAGGCAUGCAGCAUUGAUGUUAUUACUUGAGUUCUCAAGGUCCCAAUUGUUGUGUCAAAAAAUUGGGUCAGUUCCUGGGGGGAUUCUGAUGCUGAUUAGGAGUAAAUACAAUCAGUCUGUUGAUGCCUUCUCUUCAGAAAAGGCAGAUGAAAUCUUAAGGAAACUAGAGAGAUCACCAGAAAAUAUCAAGCACAUGGCAGAAAAUGGACUCUUGGAACCCCUUCUCAAUCAUCUUACUGAAGGUUCUGAGGAGAUACAGAUGGAAAUGGCAAGCUACCUUGGGGAAAUUGCCCUCGGAAAUGACAGUAAGACCUAUGUUGCUGAGAGGGCUUCUCCAACUCUCAUUCAAAUGGUGCAUAGGGGGAACACUUUGAGCAGAAGUGCAGCAUUUAAAGCUCUAGCGCAAAUUUCAUCUUAUUCUCCAGGUGCCAAAAUAUUGACCAAAGCAGGAAUCAUACAGGUCAUGGCUGAAGAGAUGUUCACUCGGAGAAUUUACAAUGAACCCAUGAACUCAAAAAAUGAGGCUGCUGCAAUUCUUGCAAAUAUCUUUGAGAGUGGGAUUGAGUUUCAAAAUCUCCAAGUAAACACUCACGGACACAAACUAACUUCAGACUAUGUUUUGUACAAUAUCAUCCACAUGGUCAAGAACUCAACUCCCGAGGAACUCAAUAUCAACCUCCUGAGGAUUCUUUUAUCCCUGGUUAAGGAUCCCAAUUCUAUCAACAAUAUUGUCUCUGUGGUAAAAGAGAGUGAAGCUAGCUACACCUUGAUUGAGCUAAUCAAUAACCCUCAUGAAGAGCUUGGAGUUGCAGCAAUCAAGCUACUCAUUGAACUCUCACCUCACAUGGGGCACACUUUUGUUGAAAGGCUAUGCAAGACAAGGGGUCAGCCUGAGAGCUUAAUCCUAGGCCAUAAAACAACCCAAAUUUCAGAAAGGCAGGCAGUUUCAGCAAAGUUUCUAGCUAAACUGCCCCACCAGAACCUAACACUCAAUCUGGCUCUUCUCAGAAACAAUACAGUCCCCACAGUCGUACAGACAAUCAAUCAAAUCCAGAUGACUGGAACAAGAAAAAGCAGGUAUGCAAGUGCUUACUUAGAAGGUCUAGUGGCCAUUCUAGUCAGAUUCACAACAACACUGUAUGAGCCCGAAAUCCUAUCUCUAGCAAGAAACUACAACUUCACAUUGUUAUUUACAGAACUGCUAAUGAAAACAUCAAGUGAUGAAAUUCAGAGAUUAUCAGCAAUUGGCUUGGAAAAUCUCUCAGAAGAAUCAAUUAGUUUAUCAAAACCACCACAAAUAAAGAAAAGCAAGUCCUUGAAGAAAGCCUUACGCAAGUUCCUAUACCUUGGUUCUUCAAAGAAGAGGAAAGAACCUGUCUGUCCAGUCCACAGAGGAGCUUGUUCCUCCCAAAACACAUUCUGUUUGGUUGAUGCAAAGGCAGUGGAAAGGUUAUUGGCGUGUUUGGACAGUGAGAAUGUUGUGGUUGUUGAGGCUGCAUUGUCAGCUAUAUGCACUUUGUUAGAUGACAAAGUUGAUGUGGAAAUGAGUGUUAGCAUUUUGAGUGAAUUGAAUGCUAUAAGGCAUGUUCUGAAUGUUGUGAAAGAACACCGAGAAGAAGGUUUGUGGCAAAAAUCCUUUUGGGUUAUUGAAAGAUUCUUGAUGAAAGGUGGGGAUAAGUCUGCUUCGGACAUAUCACAGGAUAGGUUGUUGCCUGCCACUUUAAUUAGUGCUUUUCAUCACGGGAAUGGUAAUACCAGGCAGAUGGCUGAGAAGAUCUUGAGUCUUUUAAACAAGGGGCCCAGUAUUUCUACUUCCAGCUAUACAUUGUAGAAUAUAGUUAUAAUGUAUUGCUGCUGUUUUUUGAUUCUAAUCUCACUACAAUAAACAUGUUUAAACUGUAGACCAAUAUUGGUAAGUGUUAAUUAGUGAUUUCUAGAAUCAAUUUUGGGUAGCCAAAUUCUUUUCAUUUAAGAAAA